AUGGCAAGCAAAUCCAUCCCCCAUCUUUCUCUAUGUGUCACUACGACGGACUUUGAGAAGGCGGCAAAGGAUGUUCUCCCGGAGAAGUCGUGGGUCUAUGUGUCAAGCUCAGCUGCCACCGGUCUGUCGCUGAGGACCAACCUCGAUGAUUGGUCGCUGAUCAACUUUCGGCCUCGCAUUUUGAGGAGUGUAGACUCCAUGGACACUCGAAGGGAUAUCUUGGGACACGUCUCUCAAGUCCCUUUCUUCGUGUCCGCCAUGGGUACAUUAGGUAGUUCACACCCCGGUGCUGAACCUUUGCUCGUGAGAGGAGCAACUCGCAAAGGCAUGCAUGCCAUGAUCAGUACCGCAUCUACAAAGCCGCUGGAAGAGAUCAUGGACGCUCAUCGGGACGAGCAACGCUUGCUUGGCUAUCAAAGUCCUUCAAAUUUGUCGUUCCAGUUCUAUGUCCCUGUGGAUCGGACAAAAGCCAAGUCUCUCAUCCAACGAGUCAAAGCAGCCGGAUACCAAAGCCUGUGGGUGACUGUGGACACUUCAACCCUGGGCAAACGGACGGCCGAUCGUUACCUUCAAGCGCAAGAGAACCUUGACGCAGGCUUGGCCGAAAACUCAAGGGAAAUUCACAGUGAGAAUGAGUUUGCCCCGGCAUUCGGGGGUCGGCAGGUUCCCGGCUCAGUAGAUGCUGGUCUCACUUGGGAAGAUUUGGACUGGAUCUCCUCAGAGUGGGGUGGGCCCCUUGUUCUCAAAGGGAUUCAAAGCGUGGAGGACGUGAAACUGGCUGUCCAGCAUGGUGUCCAUGGAGUGCUACUGAGCAACCAUGGUGGCAGACAGAUCCAUUCCGCCCCUAGUUCAUUAAUGACCCUCCUGGAGAUCCGCACCUACUAUCCCGAAGCGUUCGAUAAGCUCCAGGUGUUUGUCGAUGGAGGGCUUCGCGACGGAGCAGAUGUUCUCAAGGCUUUGUGUCUGGGAGCGACCGCGGUUGGAGUGGGCCGGCCCUACUACUAUGCCCUCGCAGCAUACGGGGCUGAAGGAGUGGAAAAAUGCACAGACAUCCUCGCCGAGGAGCUCGAGAUCACCAUGAAGAUGCUUGGAGUAUCUUCGCUUGACCAGCUGACGCCAGAUAUGGUAAAUACCAGCCGACUAGCUAAUGAAAUGUGGCGGCCAACAUUUGGAAACUCAAGGCUUUAA